GUUGGAUUUCCGGAAUGUUAAUUAAUUGAGUGUGUUUCUUUGGCUGUUGUUUUGAUUCUAUUUUGACGGGAGUCGCUGUUUACUGGAUUGCUUUGGAGCUUAGCGCGAUUUCGAAACACCGUACCCGAGACUUCCGGGGGAGGCACGUGUGAGAGCACGCUGGGUUGGACUGUUCUGAGCAGUGCAGUGAUUUUUCCCUUUUUUUAGACAGUCCCACCUAUAAAUAACCAUGCUGCAACAGAUACUGAAGGAUAUGUACAUUGAUCCUGAGCUCCUGGCAGAGUUGUCUGAUCACCAGAAGGAGCUGCUCUAUGUCAAGAUGAGAGAGGAGCAAGUGAGAAGGUACAAGAUCUGGGAAGAGAAAGAGAGGAAGAAACCACCGAAGAAAGUACCAAAGAAAGGCAAUAAGAAGGUUGUUUGGCUUCAGGGUCGAGAUGGAUGUGAAUGGGUGUGGGUGAUGGGGCACCAUAAAGAUGACCUGACGAUAGAAGAGAUUCUAGAACGAGAGAACAAGGAGAAGGCUAGGUCACUGGCAGAGAAGGAGGCACAAGAAAAGAGGCUUCAGGAGCACUUUAUUUUCAGCACUGAAAAGGCAAAUACAACCCCUGUAAAGCCAGAGGACGACGACGAGGAAAGCAAAGGUUCCAUGAAAAAACAAGAAUUAGAAAUGAAGAAGAAAGAGAAAGAAGAACAAGAGAAGCAAAGGAAAUUGAAAGAGGAAGAAGAAAGACUGAAGAAGGAAGAAGAAGAGCUGGAGAGGAUACGAAAGAAAGCAGAAGCGGAGGCAUACGCUUCGUUGAAGGAGCUACGCCUCCAGAAGGAGAAGCUGGCGCGGGAGGAGGCAGAGAAGAAGAAGAAGGAGCAAGAACUGAAGGAGAAGAUGGAACAACUCAAGAGGGAAAGGGAACAGAAAGAGAAGGAGCAGAGGGAGCGGGAAGAGCAGCUCCGCAAGGAGGAGGAGGUAAGGAGGGAGGAGCUGUACAUGAGCCUCAAGAAGAUCAGGGAGGAGCAAAAGAAAGCAGCCAUGAAAGAAAAAGAUCAAGCUGACAAGAUGUUUGAAGUCCAAUUAAGAGAAUCCAAGAGAGCAGACAAGAACAGGAGCAAUCGCGCAAGGAUAGCCAGGGAGGAGGUCAGAAGGUCAAGGAUGAGCAAAGACUUGACCAACCUAUCCAUCCAGGAUGUCAAAGACAAGAAGAUUGUUCCUCCAGAGAAACCAUUUGAGGUUGACAAACCAUCACUUCCUCCAAGGAAGAGACAAGCGCCAAGACCUCCCAAGCCCACCGGCCACAAAUCUGUAGUUGAGUGGUUCCAGAAAGAAGAAUGCCUAAGACAGGCAGGACUUCUCAAGAACAGCCAAGAGAUCGCUCCUUGGUUUCAUGGAAUCAUCACACGACAGCAAGCAGAAUAUCUCCUCUACCCACAGAGUGAAGGUCACUUUCUAAUAAGGGUCAGUAAUCGUAUCUGGGGAUAUGCCCUCUCGUAUCGGGACAAGGAAAGGGCGAAACAUUUCUUGAUAGACGCAUCCGGUAGCAUGUAUAGUUUCUUUGGCCAAGACCAAAAGGACCAUGCUUCACUGGAAGAUCUUGUCCAGUUUCAUAUGCAUGCGCCAAUAUCAGAGAUGGGAAAAGAAAUCUUGAAAACACCCUGCGGUCAAGCAGCGGAUCCACCCGACUAUCAAGAGCUCUUCUCUAACCAAGCCAAUCACGAAACACCGCUUUGAUAACAGUAUUCACAAGGGUUUUAUAUCUAACCAUUUAGAAUGCAGCACUUCCUAAGCAGUAGUUGGGACAGUAAUCCAAACAUAUUUUUGUAGUGACAUUUCAAGAGGCAUUUAUCAAAUGAAUUGGAAUGUAGUAGCAGUAAUUGGGACAUUUGAACAUCAGAACAGUAAAUUGCACUGUUUUGAAAGCAGCAUUCAAAAAGCAUUUACCAAACGAAUUGGAAUGCAGUACUUCAGUUGCAGUACAUGUAUUGGGAACGCAAAGGCAUUGUUUAAGCCAAUCAUAUUACAGUA